AUGAAUAAAGUUCACCCUGCCGAGUUAAAAAGAUUUAUGGACAAAACGUCAUCAUUGAAAUUAAAUGGUGGCAGGCGUGUCCAAAGAGUAUUGUGGGGAUUUGGUCCCUUUAUGAAUCUUGUGAUGGAUGAAUGUGUGGAGAUGGCAACUAGUGAGCAACAGAACAAUAUUAGAAUGGUGGUAAUAUGA